CGCCAGGCACACGAGUCCGAGUAUCCGCUCUAUUCUACCACGCUGCUUGAAGCUGCUGUGGUGUUCCAGAGUCGUACCUGCUGCGAUUCUGUGUGUUCCUUUUUUUGAAUCUUGUAGACAUUAUUUCCCCUUUCGAAGCAGUUCUUCCUGUCUUUCCGGCUCGGUUUCCUCUCCGCACUUUCCGCGCGACCCUUCGGUCGUCCGUCGCCUGCGUCCCCCUCUGUGCUGGGCUGUGUCGCGCGCAGCUUGCCUCUUUCGCCGCUCCUUACCCCUCUCUCUUCGUCCAGUUUCUGUUUGUCGCGUGUUACUCCGAUUUCGUCCCAGUUUCUGUCCCGUAUCGUCGCAGGGGGAACGUUUUGGGUCCUGAGCCACUCGAGUGCAGUGGCUGGCAUCAACUCUCAGCGUACGCCGGCUUUGUUUCGUCGUGGUCGUUGCGUUGCAUUUUCCUCACCACAGGCGACACCACAUUCCUUACCCUCGCGAAUCUUACGAAGUUUGACGGCGUAGGAACGCGGCCGUUGGCGUGCAAGGAAAGUCGUCCCUAGCCGUGUCCCAACGCAGAGCCAGUCACUUUCAUGUUUUUGUCGGGAACGGAACACGGUGUCCUCGCUCAAGGCAAAUUUUCAAAGACUCCCUAAAGGCGGGGGGGGUCUUUGCCGCGUGUGCUCGUCCCGCCGCCUACCCGCAAAAAAGCGGCGGCUUGCUCGAGGACACCCUUAGUCCAGUUUUUUUCCAGAAAGGCCGCAGGUCAGAGGAUUGUUGAAAGGUGUUGCAAGCUUCUCCUUUCAUUUGUGUGCCCUUCUGGCCAUGAGUGCUUGCUAACGAGCGAAAAGCGGUUGCGCAAACGGUGAAGUCAGUAGAAAAGUCUCUCUCCGGGCAAAACAGUCUUUCGGUGGUUAUGUCUCGACCAGAUGUAACCUAUGACGUCGCCAGUCAGCAUGCAUCCAGAUAGUUGAGGCGCUGGAUACCGGUAAAGUUGCACUAUCAUCCUUUUGUUACUCCUUGGGAAGCCCGUGUCCAGAUCCAAAGUGGACUCCCGUAACCUCAUUUCCUCAACGCUACAUCGUUGACGAAUCAGUAGCGGAAGUGACAACACCCCCGCCGUUGCUCUCAACGCUGUGUAGGAGCAUUUUUAGGCGCACCGUUUUUUGUCGUGCCCGCCCGAUGUUGCAUCCCUGCGGGGAAGACCUCGUGUCGCUCUGUACUCUCUUGGCCUAUUGAGAAACAGAUACGUACUCAUAUGGGAAACGAGUUUCGCGCAUCGUGGAUUUGCCGUCGAUCGACUCUACACGGGGAAAUCGGUGUGGCCGCUGCUGUUGUGUUCGCACUCAACCACUCGUGGUUGAAGAGGUUGUAUGGGCAGCUCCGCGCGAAGAUCUUGGCGUUCGGACAGUGUAGGAGCUAAAUUCGGCCCGCGUUUCAGAGACUACGCUACGGUUUUACCUCAGGUCGCCGUCUCCGUAGGAGAUUGACGCCGGGAGCACACCACCUGCGAUCUCGCAUUCAGAGGCGUUUCCCGUUCGCCUGCCAAGUGAUGCACACUGCGUCGUCGUAGGUAAAGAUCGGCGAAUCAGGCAGGCGCUGUGGCGCCGACGCUUACGGUUUUUUUGGACGGCGUUCCCUGGAAAUGUUUCUCCCCCCGUGUGAUGAUCUUUAGCGUGGGCAAAGCGCACGGCGCCGUGGUCUGUAGGCCGCUGCCGAAAUGACACACUUGGUCUCUGCGGCCUCUCCUCGAUUCUGUCCGUUCCCUGUGUCUCCAUCUGUACCUGUUGACGGCCCCGCGGCAGUUUCUCCUUCCGGACCACUGGGUGUUCUACCCGCUGCUAAAAUCGGUCGAGGAAACUCCUCCGUCGGACCGCCUUCCUCCGUCGUUUGUGACUCCAUGCGUUCCUCUGCCUCGCUUUCAAAUCCUGGCGGCGCAGGCCUUUCUUCCUGCCGAGCGGACGUGCUUCCCCCCUGGCCAGGUCCAGCGGACUCGGGGGCCGCCAGACGUGAAACAGAGACCACUUCUGCGGGAGAGACGUUCCCUGAAGCCAAGCCUUCCGCUGCUAGGGAUCUGCCCGCAAUCCUGGAAAGGUCUUUUGACGUCGCGGGUGACCAGUUCGCGUCUUCGGGAGUCGGGGAUCCAGCUGCGCACGCUACCUGCAGUGGGCGGGAAGACACGAGCCUGACUGUAUCGGUGGUGUCGAGCGAGGAAGAGACGUCUGCAUUCAAGGUAGAGGAGUCCCCUGAAGCUGGGCAGUUCGGAACUCAGCGCCACGAAAGUGCAGGCUUGAAGGGAACAGACGCGAUGGGGGAGGAAAACGGGUUGCGACCUCGCGCCGCAGGGUGCGGCGAGUGUGUAGACGAGCGACGUCCGAGCCCCGGGAGUUUAGGAAAGGACAGGAGCUGCAUAGCGGCAGUAGCGACGCCCGCUAAUGGUCAAGGCGGCUGCGCGAAGAAUGACCAGGAGGCAACGGGACGCGAAGGCAUGUCUGAUUAUGUAGGUCAACAGAACGGCGGUUUUGAGGAGCCGAAAACCGGCAGAGACGGAGAGCAGAAUGACUCGCGAAGGUGUGACACGGCCGAAGCAACCAGUCUGGGAGACUGCUGCAGUUUAUGCGGGCAGCCGCGGACAGUGGAAGGCAGUCAAACGGCAUUCCAGCACGAUGGGUCAGACGCAAAUGGGAGCGGCAAGCCUCAUGUGGAGGGCCACGGGUCAGGGGCUGUAGAUGGCGAAGAGGACGAGACGUGGGUCUGCGACAUCUGUCUCCGAUGUGCAGAGGAAGAGGCGAAGACCGAAGAGGGGCUUUGGGAAAAGGAACAUGACAGAAGCAGAGUUCCGCAGGAACCGCAGUCCUGUGCCGGUACGGGACCCAAGGAUGAGGGCGCGGCAUCGAAAGCGUCGACGAGCAGGGCCUGUAGCGCUCUGUGUGAGCCCGCUGCGUCGCCUGCUAGCCAUGAAGCAGGAAGUGGGACCAUGGGAGAAGGCUCCGAAGCGGAACCUGCAGUCGCGUCUGCUGCGGGCGCGAGUGGAAAGCGCCGGGACACUGUGCCGGCGGGCAGCGGCAAUGCUGCAUGUGGAGUCCGGGGAGACAGGAGCGUGGUCGCGCUGCCUGUGGCCAGAACCAGUCCAGUACCCAUUGCGAAUCCUGCAAAGUGUGUCGAUGAAGGGACAACUCGAAGCACAACUGUCCACAUUGGUCCGAACCACCAAGUUCCCGCGCUCCCCGCGUUCUUCUUGGACAGCAGCUGCUGGCCGCGACCCCCCAUGGACACUGUGCUUGACCCGAGCCUCACAGCACGGCUGGUGUAUUCGCCGUCUGCGCUGGAGCGCAUUAAGUUGAGGCGCGAGCAAGAGGGAAGACAGGACCGGGCGAUCAGCUCCGACGCAGACAUGACGGCCUUUGUCAAGGCUUGCUCACAGAACUGGAAGACGCGACCUGGGUGGCAACCCUUUAGCCCGGAGUUCGCCUACAAGAUUCUCCACUAUGCGGGUUAUGAUCCCGUGCGCGCUUUGCAGAUCAUGAACGACCCUCAGUUCAGCUUCAGAGAAGUCUGUGACCCGCCGCUGCGGAAAUACGAUAACAAGUGGAAACCGAAAGACCGAAGAGGCCUGAUCGCUGCAACUCCCUAUCCGCCGCCGAUAUCGGCGAGAGGGUCGUUAGCGCGCAGGCACCACCGGGAAGUUGCCGGGUACUCCCUACGCUGACUUUUUUUCGAGCCUUCGGCGUCCACGAUUCGAGUGGGAGUGGGGCACGCAGCGGUUUCGUAUGCGACACAGUGCGUUGGGUCAUUGUCUCCAAUUACGUGAUCUCUGCCUAAUCACCUCUACGUCCUGAAUCUACCGGUACAGGGUGGAGAAGUAGAGUGUAGGCGGGUAGCGACAAGUCGAGAGUGCGUGGCUUUCCCGGUGCCUCCGUCAUGUCUUGGUACAUGUCGGCGUGUUUCUUUGGAUGCGUUUUGGUUCCAUCCCGCGCCUCAGGCGGUCAUAUACAGCUGGUGAUCCACGAAACACGUAGUCUUUGCAGCUGGACCUUGUGAACAGGAUCCUUCCUCAGGGGUAGUCAAGAGUUGUUUCGCAAAGUGGAGUCGAGCUUGCGCAACAGUUGGCUCGGCAAACCGGUGGAUGACUGGUAGCGUAACGAGCAGGCAAUGGUGUCACUGUGUAUGAACAAGGGCGUCGAGCGGAUAGUUGCUUUGUUACGGCGCGAAGAAGGACGGUCCCAGAGGCGUUUUUCAAUUCGAAAGUUAAUUUCUCACAUGGUCCUUGGGUACCGUGGUUUUCCAGAUUCUCCUCGGUAUGCCGUUCAGCCGCAAUAUGGAGCCACGGAUCGAAAAACUAACUCUGGUCACAUAAGUCAAGGAGCUUCAUGGGUUUGCUGUCGCGUCUUUUGAACCGGAAUUAUCAGGACGUACCCACGGUAUCUGUUCGGCUGACACGUUUUUCUCUGGCGCGAGAGGAAUUUUUUAUUCCAUUCAUCCGCAGAUAUAUAUACAUACAUACGUAUUCAUUCAUAGAAGGGAUAAAUGUGAUGAAUUCAGCUGAAUGCUGCAGUUCCAAGGGUAUGAGAGGAGCACGCAGCUCCGACUAAAUUCACGUGAUGGGGGCAGAUUUUUGAGUUUUAUAUUUAUCGUCAAAAUUGCAGUCGUGUUCUGGAGCUUUUGGCGUACUUUGUUCCGGUCUCCUUGUGCGAUGCAUCCAGCAAGGAAAUGGAAAGUUUCCAGGCAGAAAGGAUAUCUGGCUACCACUUUCGAUUUCCUUUUGUAUUAUUUCUGACGGCCUUCUUGUGAUACAGGAGAAAAUUUAUGGUUGGUUGCUAGGAAGAAGUCGAGUUUGGUGUAGCGAUUCCAUCUUCCUUUAUUGGAGUUCAUGAACAGUUGUGUGUUAUGCAGAGUUUUGGGAACAUCGUUAUCGCCCUGUUGUCAUCGCCUCUUUUUUCCGUUUUUCUCUGUCUCUUCUGCUCCCGUCUCUCCCUCUUUGUAUUUCGUUUUUCAUCUUCCAAAAUAGUAGGGCAGAGGGAUGUCAAAGACUGCGGAAACGUCUACCCCGUGUCUGGUGUCUGUCUUCUGAAAGAACUCGCGCGAUGCAAAAAAGGAUGUGCAAUUGGAUCUGUAGGAAGGCAGAGCUGUAGCGUCGUCGUAAAAUGGUCUACUGGUGUGGGCAGAGGUGUUGCGAGACGCCUCUUGCCACUUUUGACCUCUUUUCGCUCAUCCCGAAAGGUUGCCCUACAUAGGAAUCGACAAAUAAGGUGUUUCAUUUCGAAUGACGGCGUUUACCUCCAGCACAUCCCCGAGUCGGAAGGUUACGAGUUUCCCGACAUGCGAGGUGAAAUAUGGAUACACUUUUUCACAUGGAAGAACUGUUCACACCAAGCACUGAAAGAGCAGGCUGAUGAAGCAACACACGACAUUAGCUGGGCUGUCAAGUAAACGGUCUGACAAGACGGGGGGGUGCAGUUUUGCCUGCCCUUGUCAGUGGCGACGCAAUUUUUGCUUCGUUUAGAUUAACACUUACGGGAGACAUAGCUGUGAUGAUGUUUCCGAGCACGGGAGAGUGCAAACCAAAUGAUGCGGUCCCUGAGCUGUUGGGAGGAACCUUGGACCGACUCCCGAUGUGUUAGGUCUCAAAACUCGGCGCGGAACGUGGUGCAAUUGAGACAGGGCCGGUAGUGAAAACUGAGAGGACAAACUGGCCGGGGGAAUUCUCGAUAAUUUAUCAACUGGGGUCCGUCAGGUGGGCCGCUUGUCUGUGGGUGCGCACUGGAGGGACAACUGGUUUUUUUGGAGUCCAGCCCCCAUCUGAAGAAUUCACCGACCCGUGUGGAACCAGUCAGCCUAAGCUCUCGCGGCCACGACGGAAGCCCGAUGAACAAUCAUUGAUGGUUUCUAUCCGUAAGCAUCGGAUAUCGCGACAUACGAAGAGUCCCGACGCGUUUUGCACUGUUGAACGUUAUCUGAUCCGUCGCUUUAAACAGAACCGAUAGAGACGUAAUUUUUGGCAACAUUAUGCCGUGGUACUUUGAACGCCUACAGUGUGUGUGAUCGAUCCCCUUGGUCGAUGCAAGUCACAAUGUACGUCUGUCUGGCUAGCAUGGUCUGUGCCUUUGACUCAAAACCAGCAUAUUUUGCUUGCGUUGUGCAACUAGAAACAAGAUACUG